CUCGCCCCCCGCCCCCCCCCCCCGCGCUCACUCGCACUCACACCCGGGCGCAGGAGGCGGGCGGCCCGGGCCCCACUGGCCCCCCAUGGACGCCCCCGUAACGGGGCGCUGAGACCCUGCGUCGUUGCCCAGCCGGGUCCAGCGCGCCACGCCGAGGGACCUCUGGAGAGGACAAGACUCUGAAGCUACUUCCCCAGCCCAGGAUCCCCCUGGACUCAGCUUGCCCCUCAGCCCUACCACCUGCCACCUCCUGGCCCCUCUCACCGCCCGCCCCCCUUGGGGCACAGGGCAUGGUGUGAAAGGCCAUGUGCUGAGGCGAGCACCAUGGGUGCUGUGCCCUAGGGCCUGGGUGGCAGGGGGUGGGCAGCCCGUGGGCGUGCUGGGGGGGCCAGUGUGCCCACCCCAAUCUCUUGGCGUGCUGGAGGGCAUCCUGGAUGGAAUUGAAGUGAAUGGAACAGAAGCCAAGCAAGGUGGAGUGUGGGUCAGACCCAGAGGAGAACAGUGCCAGGUCACCAGAUGGAAAGCGAAAAAGAAAGAACGGCCAAUGUUCCCUGAAAACCAGCAUGUCAGGGUAUAUCCCUAGUUACCUGGACAAAGACGAGCAGUGUGUCGUGUGUGGGGACAAGGCAACUGGUUAUCACUACCGCUGCAUCACUUGUGAGGGCUGCAAGGGCUUCUUUCGCCGCACAAUCCAGAAGAACCUCCAUCCCACCUACUCCUGCAAAUAUGACAGCUGCUGUGUCAUUGACAAGAUCACCCGCAAUCAGUGCCAGCUGUGCCGCUUCAAGAAGUGCAUUGCCGUGGGCAUGGCCAUGGACUUGGUUCUAGAUGACUCAAAGCGAGUGGCCAAGCGCAAACUGAUUGAGCAGAACCGGGAGCGGAGACGUAAGGAGGAGAUGAUCCGAUCACUGCAGCAGCGACCAGAACCCACUCCCGAAGAGUGGGACCUGAUCCAUGUUGCCACGGAGGCCCAUCGCAGCACAAAUGCCCAGGGCAGCCACUGGAAGCAGAGGCGGAAAUUCCUGCCGGAUGACAUUGGCCAAUCACCCAUCGUCUCCAUGCCUGACGGAGACAAGGUGGACCUAGAGGCCUUCAGCGAGUUUACCAAGAUCAUCACCCCAGCCAUCACUCGUGUGGUGGACUUUGCCAAAAAACUGCCCAUGUUCUCCGAGCUGCCUUGUGAAGACCAGAUCAUCCUCCUGAAGGGGUGCUGCAUGGAGAUCAUGUCCCUGCGGGCGGCUGUCCGCUAUGACCCAGAGAGCGACACCCUCACGCUGAGUGGGGAGAUGGCUGUCAAGCGAGAGCAGCUCAAGAAUGGCGGCCUGGGCGUGGUCUCCGACGCUAUCUUUGAACUGGGCAAGUCACUCUCUGCCUUUAACUUGGAUGACACGGAAGUGGCUCUGCUGCAGGCUGUGCUGCUAAUGUCAACAGACCGCUCGGGCCUGCUGUGUGUGGACAAGAUCGAGAAGAGUCAGGAGGCGUACCUACUGGCGUUCGAGCACUACGUCAACCACCGCAAACACAACAUUCCGCACUUCUGGCCCAAGCUGCUGAUGAAGGUGACUGACCUCCGCAUGAUCGGGGCCUGCCACGCCAGCCGCUUCCUCCACAUGAAAGUCGAGUGCCCCACCGAACUCUUUCCCCCACUCUUCCUCGAGGUCUUUGAGGAUCAGGAAGUCUAAAGCCUCAGGCGGCCAGAGGGUGUGCGGAGCUGGUGGGGAGGAGUCUGGAGAGAAGGGGCAGAGCUGGGGGCUCAGGGAGGCCCCCCACACCUCUUCUCUCCUUCCUCUCACCCUCGGAUAGAUUCAGCUCCCACACACAUCCCCGCACUGCCCCGUCCCUCCUCAGAACCUCCAGCCCUGGGACAGGGCACACAAAUGAACUUGCUAUGGAAAGGACAGUGUGGGAGGCUGGGGGACCGUGCCCAGCAGUCCCUAGGAGCCUGUCCUCUGAGAAGGUAGGGGAAGAGAGGAGAUCUAAGAGGGGAUAAGCCAUCUCGACCAUAGGGGUCAGAGGGAUGUGUAGCAGGGGAAGAUGCCCCCAACUCACCCCCUGCCCACACACAAGAGAGAGCCCCCACUCCCUGUCCAGUUCCUGGCCUGGGCUCCCCCUCCAGGCUAAGGGCCUCUGCUUCCCCAGUUCCUAGAUGCAAAGAAGGGCCUGGCUUGGCUCCUCCCCUGGAGGUUAAAAAUUAUAGUCAUUCUUAACUGCACUUUGGAAACCAGGCAAGGGGAGAUUAAUGAAGAAAAACUAGACAGAGAGAAAAAAGAAAAAAAGAGAG